UCUUGUUAUAAAAUUGGAAAUUUAUUUGUGUAUUAUAAAAUUUAUAAAUUAUAUGUAGUUUGUAAGUAAAUUUCAAGUAAAAUACAUUAUUUCAAACUACAACAAAUGUUAUUUUUAAGUUAAAUUUGUUUGAAGAAAUCAUAUUAUAAUUUUUUUUUAUUUAUUGAAAAUGAAAGUGACUUUAUUUGCAUUUCCAGAAAAAAAAUGUAUGGUUAUCGGUGUACAUUUUAUUUUACUGUACGUCAUCAAAACAGUGCGAUUACAGUCUGACAUAUUGAAUUCAUCUUCAUAUAGUUUACCUACAUCUAAUAAAUAUUCGACGAAUCAACAAAAUAUCUUGAGAUACAAUGAUAAAUUCGACUAUGUAGCCAGAUCUUUUUUACAAAAAAAUUCGUUAAAUAAUGUGAUACGAACAAUUAACAUAGCUCGGAAAAUGGAUAAAACUCAACCUCUCAUUCCAAAGCAAAUAAAAUUUCCAUGUAAUACAAAAAAUUCCAGAUCAUUAAUAAAGCCUAUUAGCGUGCAUCAGCUUCGACCUGGAGAUAUAGAUAUCAUUGGAGCUGUGGGAGAUUCACUUUCUGUUGGAAUAGGAGCAUUCUCGACAAGUCUUUCGGAUGUUUUCUUGGAAUACAGAGGGGUUUCUUUAACAGGCGGAGGUACUGGAACUUGGAGAGAAUUUUUAACACUUCCAAAUAUACUAAAAGAAUUCAACCCAAAUUUAUUUGGCUAUUCGUAUGGUGAACUAUCUUUAUCGCAACAACGUGGCUCACAAUUUAACGUUGCCGAAAAUGCAGCUUUAAGUGAAGAUGUUCUUGAUAUGACAAAAGAGUUAGUAAAUCGUAUAAAAAUGGAUCCCAGAGUCAAUUUGCAAGAAGAUUGGAAGUUUAUAACUAUGUUUAUUGGAUCAAAUACAUUUUGUCUUCAACUUUGUAUCGAUGAUAAUGUCAUGUUAAUUGAACUUCAUAAACAAAAGGUAUUUGAAUCAUUGUUGUUCAUAAAAAAAAACCUUCCAAGAACAAUGGUACAACUAAUUAUGAAUGUCAACUUAGAACUGUUGUUAAAACUAAUAGAUAAGCCACUUCGAUGUCAAUUGAUAAACUUGAUUGAAUGUCCUUGUUUAAUGGCAAUGCAAUACAGACAUAAUUUAUUAAAAUACAUAAGAGUAAUGAAGGAAUUUCAAAAAGUUGAAAAAGAAAUUGCAGAAAAUGAAUUAUUUAAAAACAGCGAGGACUUUACUGUUAUAUUACAAACUGUCACAGAAAAUUUUACCAUACCAUUAAAUAAAUUCAACAGAACUGAUUUUACAUACUUCUCUAGUGAUUGCUUUCAUUUUUCUCAAAAAGGUUAUGCAAGAGCUAUUAAUGCAAUAUGGAACAACAUGUUGCAACCAUUUGGUCAUAAAUCCAAUGAGUGGAAUGAUGUAUUUGAAAAAUUUGUCUGUCCUACAGAACGAAGACCCUACAUAGCUACAUGGAAAAAUAGUCAUUAAAGAAUUAAACUUUUUUUAGAAAUUUAAAAUAGUUUGUAAAGUUUGUUAAAACAUUUUUUUAAUUUUAUGCAGACCAAUUGGUUAUGUAAAAUAUCGUUAAACACUAAAUUUCUCCUAAAAUAAUAGUUCUCAUCCAUCACGUAUCAAACUAAACGGUUAAACAAUAGUUUUUCCGGAUUUUAUGUUAAAUUUGUUUAUUUUCAUUUUUAUUUAAGUAUUAAACCUACAUUUGUUAGCAAGUAUUGAUGCUAAUUACCAAAUACACUUAAUAAAUUAUGUUCAAACAAAUUUUU